UGAUAAUCCAAUUCAAAUUCUCCCCCUCUCUUCGGCUCUAACGGCUACAUUUCUCUUUCCUCCUCCUUCUCUCUCCUUCUCUUUCUUCCUUCUCUAUCGCUCUCUUGUCUUCCACACACACAUACACACUUACUCUCUCUCCUCUACUGUUUCUCUGUGCUUCUGUAGAGGAAGAAUGAAGCACUUCAUGCAACCAAGAAACACGAUCUUGAGGGAGACAGACUCCCAAUCAUCAUCUUCCUCAGCAUCAUCCCCAAACCCUAAUUCUGUCAAACAGAGAUCGGCUUCUCGGAAGCAAAAAUGGUCCAAAGAGAACGCUCCGCCCUCAGAUCUGAAUACAAUGGCCGAUCAUUCUUCCCCUUCCCUCGCUGCAAAAUCCCUGCCCCCCUCCGGAAAGAUCAGAAGCCCUUUGCCGCCGCGGCCUCCCUCUUCAAAUUCUAACCCUCUCAAAAGGAAGCUCAGCAUGGACACCGUCCCCGAGAACGCCGUUCCUGGGGCCUCUGAUUCCGGUGUCAGGGUAAUAGUGCGAAUGCGGCCACCAAACAAGGAUGAGGAAGAAGGCGAAGUGAUAGCUCAGAAAAUGUCCGGUGAUUCUUUGUCUAUCCUUGGACAGACCUUCACAUUUGAUUCUGUUGCUGAUGCAGAAUCUACACAGUUAGAUAUUUUCCAGCUAGUAGGGUCUCCUCUAGUGGAAAACUGUCUAUCUGGGUUCAACAGUUCAGUAUUUGCAUACGGACAGACUGGGAGUGGGAAGACAUAUACCAUGUGGGGUCCAGCCAAUGCCUUGUUGGAUGAAAACCUUUCGAACAACAAACAAGGCCUAACACCUCGUGUAUUUGAGCGACUUUUUGCACGCAUAAAUGAGGAGCAAAUUAAGCAUGCUGACAAACAGCUGAAGUAUCAAUGUCGCUGUUCAUUUCUUGAGAUUUAUAAUGAACAAAUCACUGAUCUCUUGGAUCCUAGUCAGAAAAACCUCCAGAUAAGAGAAGAUGUUAAAUCUGGUGUCUAUGUUGAAAAUCUGACAGAGGAAUGUGUUUGUACAAUGAAAGAUGUGACUCAGCUGCUGAUCAAGGGAUUGUCAAAUAGGAGGACGGGUGCAACAAGCAUUAAUGCAGAGAGUUCCCGUUCGCAUAGUGUUUUUACUUGCGUUGUUGAAUCCCGUUGCAAGAGCACAUCAGAUGGCAUAAGCAGCUUUAAAACAAGUAGAAUAAAUCUUGUUGAUCUGGCUGGGUCUGAAAGACAGAAGCUAACAGGCGCAGCAGGAGAUCGCCUGAAGGAAGCAGGAAAUAUCAAUCGAUCACUUUCACAACUUGGGAACUUGAUAAACAUUCUUGCAGAAGUUUCCCAAACAGGAAAGCAAAGGCAUAUUCCCUACAGAGACUCCAGAUUGACAUUCUUAUUGCAGGAAUCUCUCGGUGGAAAUGCUAAGCUAGCAAUGGUCUGUGCUAUUUCUCCAGUGCAAAGCUGUAAGAGUGAAACUCUCAGUACACUGAGAUUUGCACAGCGUGCAAAGGCAAUCAAGAACAAGGCAGUUGUCAAUGAAGUUAUGCAGGAUGAUGUGAAUUUUUUGCGAGGAGUGAUACGACAGCUAAAGGAUGAACUACUUCGAAUGAAGGCAAAUGGCAACCAGCCAACUGACUCAAAUGGAAGUUAUUCAACAGGGUGGAAUGCUCGUAGGAGCUUAAAUCUCCUGAAAUUUAGCCUCAAUCGUCCAACAACAUUACCUCAUGUAGAUGAUGACGGUGAUGAGGAGAUGGAAAUUGAUGAGGAAGCAGUUGAGAAGCUAUGGGUUCAAGUGGGUUUGCAAUCAGUAAAUGGAGAAGAAAACAGCAAAAUUGAUGCGGGUAAAAUAGAAAAUGUUCAGUCAGACUCACGAUUUAUGGCCUCUGAAGAAGGAAUUAUUGGGGAGCCUCAAUCAAACAUGCCCCAAAAUGAAUGUAUUAAAGAAGAAGCAUCUGAGGAUACAGAUGUUAAUAUGGAGGAAGAAAUAUCUGAACAAGUAGAAAAGCAUGAAACGAUGAUUGUUGAUUGUGGAGAACAAGUUAAAAACACCCAGAACAGCUCCCAGACUGAUUUGCUAAGCCCUCAUAAUCAGUCAGAGAUAAAUGAGGAUGAAAGUCAGAUCCAUUUAAUUGUUAGUAUGCCCAAUGAGAACCCCUCUGAGCAGUUCACUGAGGAGAAAAAGCCUCUUGACUCCCCCGUCUGCAACUUGCCAAAUGAGGAACCCCUAAGCAAGGUGGUGGAAAAUAGUCCAACAUGCCAAUUCUCUGAAUCUGUUGGUGCUGUUUCUCUGGGAAUUUCAGAAGUAGAGGCUUCAAAUGACUCUCCAAAUGGUUUAAUGGAUGGGAUUCCACCUUCUAACCUCAGCAUAGUUCCAUGUAAUAUAUCCCCACUUCUCAAGUCUCCAACUCUCAGUGUUUCACCUAGAGUCAGUAACAAUAGCAGGAAAAGUCUUAGGACUUCAUCAAUGUUAACUGCAUCCCAGAUGGAUCUCAGGGAUGAAAGUAAGCUAGAUCCAGAGCCAUCACAUACAUCGUUUGCAAAGUCCAUGAAGAACAGCUCGGUGAAUCCACUUUCUUCUCAAUCAAAUAAGAAAUUUCUUGCAUCUACAGAACAUUUGGCGGCUAGUCUCCAUCGUGGCCUUGAAAUUAUUGAUGUUCAUCGCCAGAGUUCAGCUUUGAGGCGUUCAUCAUUCAGGUUUUCCUUUAAACCUGCAGAUACUAAGCCUAUUUUGCCAGUUGAUAAAGUUGAUGUGGGCGUGCAAACUCUUCCUCAAGAAAAUGAGGCUCCAGAAGAAGAAACAGAAGCAGUUUUAUGUAGUAAUUGCAAGAGUACAAACCCUCAGGUAGAGCUUAAAGAGGCCUUUGAAAGUUCAAACCUACAGUUAGUACCUGUUGAUGGGUCACAAUCUGCUGACAAAUCAAAGAAGCAAGUUCCUAAAGCAGUGGAAAAAGUCUUGGCUGGAGCCAUUAGGAGAGAAAUGGCACUGGAAGAGUUCUGCACAAAGCAAACUUCUGAAAUAAUGCAACUUAAUCGUUUGAUUCAGCAAUACAAGCAUGAGAGAGAAUGCAACUCCAUAAUUGGCCAAACACGAGAGGAUAAAAUUAUUCGUCUUGAGAGCCUUAUGGAUGGUGUUUUACCAACUGAAGAGUUCAUUGAGGAAGAAUUAGUAUCCCUCACACAUGAGCAUAAGCUUCUGAAGGAGAAAUAUGAGAACCAUCCUGAAGUUUUAAGGACAAAACUUGAGUUAAAGCGAGUUCAAGACGAGCUAGAACGGUACCGGAACUUCUUUGAUAUGGGUGAGAGGGAUGUGUUGUUGGAAGAAAUUCAAGAUUUGAGAAGCCACCUACAAUAUUAUAUUGAUUCCUCACCCAUGCCUCCCCGAAAACGAAGUCCUCUUCUACAGUUGACCUAUUCAUGUCAACCCAGUUUAACUCCACCUUUGUUCACAAUUUCGGAGUCAACUGGGGAAAGUGCUGAGGAGAAACUUGAGCAGGAGAGAUUACGUUGGACUGAGACAGAGAGCAAGUGGAUUUCUCUCUCUGAAGAACUGAGAGAUGAACUUGAAGCUAGCCGAUCUCUUGCUGAAAAGCAGAAGGUAGAACUGGACUCUGAGAAGAAAUGUGCAGAAGAGCUCAAGGAAGCAAUGCAGCUGGCCAUGGAGGGCCAUGCACGUAUGCUUGAACAGUAUGCAGAACUUGAGGAGAGACAUAUGGCAUUGCUUGCAAGGCAUAGGAAGAUUCAGGAAGGAAUAGAUGACGUCAAGAAAGCAGCUGCUAAAGCAGGAGUCAAGGGUGCUGAAUCUAAGUUCAUAAAUGCCCUCGCUGCAGAAAUUUCAGCACUGAAAGUGGAAAGAGAGAAAGAGAGACGGUAUCUUAGGGAUGAAAAUAGAGGCCUUCAGGCUCAACUGAGAGAUACUGCUGAAGCUGUACAGGCUGCUGGGGAAUUACUUGUGCGACUUAAAGAAGCAGAAGAAGCUGUUGCUACUGCUCAGAAGCAAGCCAUGGAAGCAGAACAAGAAACUGAGAAGGCUUACAAACAGAUAGAGAAAUUGAAGAAAAAACAUGAAAAGGAGAUCAGCACGCUGAAUCAGUUCCUUGCAGAAUCUCGUUUACCUAAAAAGGCUAGUACACCGACUUAUGAUGAUUCUGAAAUGGCUAAAUAUGAUGCAGGGGAAUCCCAUACAGCAUGUGAUCAGCAAUGGAGAGAGGAGUUUGAGCCAUUCUAUAAUGGUGAAGACAGCGAGUUGUCAAAACUCGCAGAACCAUCUUCAUGGUUCUCAGGGUACGACAGAUGCAACAUAUAGAAAGAAACAGUGGCAAACAUAGUGUAUGUAUAACAAUUUCCAUUUGUGUAUCAGUUUUUGCUGGUUAGUACCAGUAGUUCUCACCAAUUGUGAGGACCAACGUAUUGGUUCUCUCUAGUUGUGCUUUGUAUUCAAAUUCAUGAGAGUUGAAUUGAUGAUUCUAAUUCUUUUAUUCAAUCCUACUUGUUGCAAGCAUCAAACUA